AAAUGGCGAGGGGUCUGGGUAAAGAGCGGAGCGAAAUUCUAGGGUACAAGCGUUCCCUUUCUUUGUUCAACAAGACUAUCACGAUCACUUUUCGACACCAGCAUUUCGAUUUGUACACGUCUUUGUUUCCGAUCCGUCGAGCCUAGCCAGAGGACGGAUUACAGGAGAGGAAUACCAAGACGAGGAAGGAUGGUGGUUUGUGUCACCCUCAAUCUUUCUCCAUCCUCUCCUGCUCUACAUCUAUGAGGAGAUAGACAGCAGGUUGCAGUCGAAGAUGGUCUGGUCUUUGUCAUUAGUUUGUUAGAACUGUAUCCAAGUGGAGGAUGGCGGAGGGCACUCGGGGCCUCAGCAUUUUUCGGAGGCAGAACAAAGAGGGCGAGGAUGUGGUUAUUGAGGACGAUCAUGUGUCAGCGGACCUGUCCAACUAUCAUCUGCUGAACAGCAUCGGUGUCGGUGCCUACGCCAAGGUGUAUCGGGCGCAAGUAAAAAGCACAGGAGCAGAGGUCGCAUCGAAGAUCAUCAACCGGCAAGGCACCCCGAAAGACUAUGUCAAGAAGUUCCUGCCCCGCGAGAUCGAGGUUCUGCAGAAACUCGAACACCCCAAUUGUAUUCGGACAUACGAGAUCAUUGAAUACAAGCAACAAAUCCAUAUGAUAAUGGAAGUGGCCAGCAAUGGUGACCUACUGGACUAUAUCAACAGCAGGGGACGGAUAGCAGAGCCUACCGCGCAGAAGAUAUUCUCACAGCUGGUCUCGGCUCUUGAGUACUUCUACUCGAUCAAUAUCGCCCACAGGGAUUUGAAGUGCGAGAACCUCCUCCUGGACCGUGACUUCAACAUCAAGGUGUCCGACUUUGGCUUCGCGACGCCGUACAGGGACGGGCAGCUGCUGCACACGUUCUGCGGGUCAGUCGCAUACGCGUGUCCGGAAAUAUUAUACGGGCAGCCAUACGAUGGCAGAACGUCGGAUCUGUGGAGUAUCGGCGUUGUCCUAUACGCACUGGUCUGCGGCCAGCUGCCGUAUCAGGAAGGUGACAUGAAGCGCUUGCUGAUGCAGAUCAACAGUCCGCUGAUGUUUCCCAGCCGGCUCAGCUUUGAUUGCACUGAUCUCUUGCGGCAGCUGCUGUCCACGUCGCUGAUACGCCGCGCCACGCUCAAGCAGGUCAAGUUGCACAACUGGCUGCUGCAGGGUCCACGUGGAGGUAACCUCGACCUGCCCCUCCCGGACCGGGGACGAGCUCCAACAAGUCCGAAGUCGUCUCGACAAACCUCAAUGUCUCCUGCCAAGACGGGGAAUGGCAGGAACCGCUCCAGUACUAUUGAUGCAUCUGAGCUCGGUGCUAUGCCUAAAAUAGUCGGCUCCAUUGUACAGAAACUAUCACCUACGCCGGUGAGAAGAACACACGCCACGGUCACAUCCCCAGACAAAGGUAUCACCACACCAUCAUCAUCAUCACGAUCACCAACAGGAACAUCGGACGGUGCUAGGUCGCCAGUUCAGCCCGCCAGGGCAUCGUUGUCGGCGGCGACAACGAGAGCCGAAGCGUACGACCCGCCACAGCCACAGCAGCACGAAGAGUCCGAGGAAGAGUGUCCGGCCAAGCCGCCGGAGAAGCGUCGCGGCCGUGCCAUGUCCAAUGUUGCCGGUGGUGGCAGUGAUCUGCCGCGGCAAAUGUCCUGGCGCAAGCGUCUCCGCAACAACAUCAACAGCUACCUAAUGCAGGAAGCGCCAGCGAUCGAAGAAGAAUAGACGUUGGUACUGUUUGUUCAACGCUCUCCUCCGGUUGUUGGGGAUUUCUCUUUUUCGUUGUGUUAAUGCCAACAAGCACUGGUUGCAUUGUGGUGGCGGGUGUGCUGCAGUUCGAGGCAUGGCGCCAUGACGAUCAGCACGGAGCACCAAUCGCCCAGCGUUUCUCUUCUGCAUGCGCACGCCCGUGACCAGGAGAAGCUGGCCCGGCAAGAGCGGUGCCACCUCGGCAACGUUUGCUUUUAAAGCUGACACACAGCUUACAGUAUGGCCCCAUUGUUUUAAUUCUGCAGCCCGGGUGCAGGCAGACCUUACACAUACUGGACCGCAGCUCGGCAUCUAACACACGCGCACACUUGGUUUGCCAUGAUAUUAAAUUCUGCUCUCAUCCAACUCUAAAAGAAAACCCGCAUGCGUCUAUUUUUCCUAUUACCGCAUCUGGAAACAGAACCAGGCAUGCACAGUUCCAGACUAUAUCGACCUUGGAGCUGAUUCUAUUUUCUGAAUUUUAUCUUGGGGUUUCCCCGCCGCGAGAUUUUACACCCAACUGACCCGUCUCUUCCUCCACUCUCCCUCUUCCUACAUCAUUCAUUAAUGAUCAAUUUCAUCUAUCUUGCUUACCAGUUCUGACUAGCUACCUUCACUGACAAGGCUAACACCAAUGCACCCUGCUUGAUAUGGGGCCUCCUCUGCUGCCUGCCCCCACCCCUCUCC